AUGGGGGGGUUCACGUCAGAGCUGCGGGAGAGGUUCAAGGGCCGGGGGGGCAACACGGUGAUAUUAGCGGCGGUGGUCCGGGACCGGGGGGGUGACGUGGCGAAGCGAGCCCAGGAGCUGGGCUGGGCGGCGAUCCUGGAGACCCCCCUGAAACAGGACAGUCUACACACGGCGGUGACGUGCUUGUUCCAGGCGGGGCAGCACACCCCCUCUUGCUGUCGCGUUUCUGGCACCUCAAAAGACUGCGGCAACGGCCCCCCCGAAAAGUCGGCGGGCGAGCCUACCAACCCCCCGGAGAGCAGCACCAGCACCCUCCCAAACGGAGAUUCGGCGGUCGGGGUUCUGGCGGGAAAACGGAUCUUGGUUGUGGACGAUGCGAUGAUCAACCGGCGGGUUGCGAGCAGGAUGCUCGAGCGGUAUGGGUGUGCGGUCGUGUGUGCGGCGAGCGGUCAGGAGGCGAUCGAUCUGUUCCGGGAGUACUUGGCGACGCUCGCGGGCGCGGACGGGCAGGGCGCGGAUCGGUACCACGCGGUCCUGAUGGACGUCCAAAUGCCGGGGAUGGACGGUUACACUGCCACCGCAAGGAUCCGUGAGCUCGAGGGCGAGUUCAUGCACGGCCCUCUGGCUUCUCCGACGGGCCCUGCGACCGGGCCCGACGACGCUGACGUCAGCGGGCGUAAGCGGGAUGGCGGGGCCCACAAGCACUCCAACCGGCCGUGGCGGCACAACGGCGCGAACCUGCGGAAAAGCGGCGAGCUAGAGAAGACGGCGCCCGUCGGAAUUGUGGAGAGUCUACACCCGUGGUACUCGAGGGUGCCCAUCAUUGCGUUGACUGCAGAUGUGAUGAAAGGCACCAGGGAGAAAUGCAUCGGGGCGGGCAUGGACGAGUAUUUAAGCAAACCCCUCGACAAAACGAUGUUGGGCGUGGUCCUCCAACGUAUAAUCCUACCAAAGGACGGAGAAGUGCAGGCCUCGUCUUAAUCCGGAUUGGGCCGAAGGAAGCAGUUGUGGGCUUGUUCGAGGAGGCAACAAGCCGGGUUGGUGCAGAAAGGUUCGUUUACGGACAGUAGUUGCUUCGACAGUAGGGACGACGGGGACCUCCAUCGCUUCUAGAUAAUUGACCCACUUGACGAGUUCCCCAGAUGUUUCAAAAGAAGGCCGUGGGUAUCUUCCGCUGCAUGAUUACGGCUGAGACCAGCGCACUUGCACAGCGGUUCAAGUUGUCAUAGGACGGGUAGUCGUGAGGCCUUAGAUGAGCGUUGAGUCUCAACUUUUUGUAUUUAAACUGCAUGCACGAACCCGGUGAGUAGACCGACCGGAGCAGAAUCUGGUAGUCAGUGUAAAGAGUUGGAUGUAUGUAGAACAACGUAGAAGACUAGGAGUGUCCUGCAUGGCCCCCCACUGAGACGCUGCGCGCAGGGCCGCUGUACUUUGCAAGUACUCGCGCGGUUUUGAUG